AUGUCCGGACAUGACGAACCUCCGGAAAGACCCCUUCAGUGCCCUUCAAUCUUCAAAAAUAUUGAGGAUGUACCACUGCAGGAUAUAAUCUCUGCAAUCACGUCCGACCUUUUCUCGAUACCACUCGGUUCACACAAAGCCCUUCAUUUUUUGGCCGAGGAACUACGCAAGGAAAACGCACACCCUCUGGUUAAAAUUGCAAUCGACACGGCCUUGAAGAGUGCAUCACUACGAUCAAGGAUCCAGGUUGAAUGGAAGCUUUACCACGAUUACGAGCAUGCCAAAAGUCACUUGCCUAUGGAUGAGAACGCCCCCUACGAUCUGGCCUCAAGGUGUAUCGAAAACUGCAGGUCAUGCUUUGACCUUCUCCUGCGUCAAACGGUGAAGCCUUCUUCAAUUUGCCAAAAUGGCCACAGCUUCUUUUACAUUGCGCUCCGAAAUAACAACCGCGAUCUGACCCAACGCCUUGUGUCUUCCAUGGAACCCAAAGAUCUUCUAAAUCCCUUCUCCAUGAAGUACCAGAUGACUAUCUUUCAGAUGUCUACAAUGUCGCAAAAAUUGUUUCAACUGUGCUGGACGCGCCUCAAAAAUUCACCGAACAACGGCCUUGAUACCCUUGGAUCAGCUGAGUUGGGAAGCAUAUGUAGAUUUACCGAUAAGGGUCUUGCAGACGAGCUAUCUGAUAAGGGCCUGGAUCUGGGAAAACCUCGUCCAGAGAAUGCGUCACCUGGUUGGUUGGAAAUUGUGCGUCGCGUGGAUCCAGAACAAAUGUUGGAAUGGCUCCUGAGCCGUGGCCAUGAGCCUCCCGGCAAACUAUUAACUUACGUCGCAACGUACAACCUAGUCGAAGCAACAAGCUGGUUAAUGCGUCAUGACACAUACUGCCAGGAUUGGCGUGAGGCUGCUUUCGUAGCGGCCGAGAGCACAGAUAAGAGGAGCGUGCAAAUACUGUCAAACAUCCUACAAAUGUCAGCAAAAAAUUGGAGAGAAGAUCAGAUCUUGUCACAGAAUCUUGUGAUACAGAUUGUGGACAGAGCGUGUCAGGAACAAAAGAGAUACGACAAGAUUCCCUCGGAUGAGCAUUCACGAACAUUUUCUCGAACAUAUAUUGCGAAGGUGGACGAAGUUGCCGCCCGAAAAAUUCAUGCUCUGGUUGACAAAGGGAUCCGGAACAUUCAAGUCUUGGGUACGAAGAUCGAAGCGGAGAUUGCUGGAUUGCAUGAACUUUCAAAGGCCCUAGAGAUCAUGGAUACGCAGUCAUAG